CGGCGAUUGUUUUUCUACCGGCGUAAUCAGUCGACGAGUGUUAGUCGCGAUGUGCAGUGAGCUAGUUCCAUCUGGUGAUUAUGGUGCUACGGCUGUGGCGUCGAUAACAUCGACUGUUGUUAGGGUGGACCUCACAGGCCUGAAACAACGAGCCGCAUCCUGUUCCCGGGAUCCAAAGGAGCAAAGGACGACGGACUCGAGGCUGUUUUUUCAAAUUAAACGUCGCCGCGUUGGCUCAGUUUAUAUUUCGGAAAAUCGUAUUUCUUACGCUAACGGCGGCAUCCCUGAGUGUCGAAAAUACGCGGUUCGUUCUUUUAGAUUGAUUUCAGACGAAAAGAUAUCGUCGCCAAAGAUGCGGCUGUUCGUUAAGAUUUUCCCAAACGAAAUCCGCACGUCUGGAUAUUUCAGCCGUUCGAUUAAUCUGAGUCGUUUACUUUCGUGACUAAUUCGGGUGAUAAAAGGAUUUUCAAAAUUUUCACUCUUUCGUAAGAUGUAAAUAAAUAAAAAAACAAGAUACGCCGGGUGUUUUUAGUUUUGAUUAGUUUAGUUGGAGAAAUCGAAUCAGUGAAUUAGUUUGAAAGAUUAAAAAAAAAAAAAUCGGUUUUCGUAUCGCGCACAAAUUUUUUAGGGGAUUUUUAACCCUUCGAGGAAACUCGAUUUUCCCGAGUGCAGCGAGCUCAGGCACGAGAUCGUCGACGGUGACGUGAUUUUAUCAGAAAAAAACCGAGUUGUUAACGGAAGUUCGGCGAACGCUGAUCGCCGAGGAAGAACUCGGUUCUGAGAUGGGCACGAUCACAACCCUCAACAUAAUUCCGCCAUGGUAUUCGAUGCACCGGAUGUCCGGGUAGGCAAAUCUUCGCAUGGCGGGGACCAGCGAAAAUUGCAACGUCACGUGGCAUCCACACUUGUCUGCAUCUACACCUGCAAACGAAGUCCACGAACAAUUUUUCGGAGACUUUCCCGGCAAGGAUUCACCCUAUACUACCCUGCAGCGUGUUAUUAUGUUUCAGGCGAUAGUGCUUGCCUUGGUUCUAGGAAGCAUAAUCAUCGGCACAGUGAUAGGAAAUAUUCUAGUCUGCGUGGCGGUUUUCCUCGUUAAGAAACUCCGUCGGCCCUGCAAUUACCUUCUGGUCAGCCUGGCUGUGAGCGACAUUUGCGUGGCCUUACUCGUGAUGCCGAUGGCGUUGCUCUACGAAAUACUUGGAAGCUGGCCCUUCGGCUCGACGAUAUGUGAUCUCUGGGUCAGCUUCGACGUCCUUAGCUGCGCCGCGAGCAUAUUGAACCUCUGCGUCAUAUCCGUCGACAGGUACAACGCCAUUACGAAACCGCUCGAGUACGGCGUCAAGAGGACCCCGAAGAGGAUGGUCUUGUGGGUCAGUUUCGUCUGGCUCGGGGCGGCCUGUAUCAGCUUGCCACCCCUGCUCAUCAUGGGGAACGAGCACACCCCUUCCGAAACCGGGGCCAAGCAGUGCGCCGUUUGUCAGAACUUCUUUUAUCAGAUAUACGCGACUCUGGCCAGCUUCUACAUACCGCUGAUCGUGAUGAUCGUCGUUUACUACAAAAUCUUCUGCGCGGCGAGGAAGAUUGUCCUGGAAGAGAGACGGGCCCAGAAUCACCUGGAGGCGCACUGCUACCUGGAUAUCGAACCGGCUUCUCAACCCACGGCCAUAGCUAAUCGCCAACUCAUCUCCGACGUUCACGCCUCCCAUGGCAGCCCUCCCUGCAAGCAGCACCGAAGCUCCAGCGGGUCAACCACGUGCAGCAGCAAUGCGGUUAGAUGCUUCGCCGGAGGACCAAGAAGAAGCAACGAGUCCCAAUGUCCGAUGUUGCAGAAGGUCGAGAAGCACACCUCGUCGGGAGCGGCGUCGAUGCCGAUGGCGACAAAGUCGACGAUGAUUCGUAACCACUUGAACAGCACGUGCAGCGUGACUAAUUCGCCACAUCGUAAAAAGCUGCGCUUCCAAUUGGCCAAGGAACGCAAGGCGAGCACCACGUUGGGGAUAAUAAUGAGCGCUUUCACCGUCUGUUGGCUCCCGUUUUUCGUCCUGGCAUUGGUCAGGCCGUUCCUCAACAAGUCCAACGCCAUUCCGAACGCGCUUUCGAGUCUCUUUCUCUGGUUGGGCUACUGCAACAGCCUUCUGAACCCAAUAAUUUACGCGACCCUGAACAGGGACUUCCGGAAGCCCUUUAGGGAGAUACUGUACUUCCGUUGUGGGAACUUGAACCACAUGAUGAGGGAGGAGUUCUACCAGAGCCAGUAUGGUGACCCCGUUAACAACCAUGUGACUAGGGCUUGCGACAUGGAGGGUGGUGGACGUCUGGAAAGCCACGGCGUCGAGGCGCUCGACGUUGCUUCCAACCCGGCAAACGAGAGCUUCCUAUGAUCCACGUGGAACGCUUUGUCGAUAUACGAGCUGAGCGAUGCCGUGAGAGAUAACAACGAGGAUUAGCCGCGUGAUUUUUGCGGCCCAGAACACGUGGCCGAACACCUUAUUCGGGAUGGAUGAAUAAUCCUUUUCGAUGAGGAGGACGCUGAUGAUGAUGAUGAUGGUCCCUUUGGAUGAUGGGGUCUGCGAAGGAAAUUGCGGAUUCUGACUAGAUACAAAAAUGAACAAACAAGAAGAAUAAGAAUAAGAAUAAGAAGAAGAAUAUGAGAAGCGGGAAAAAAAUUGUGAGGAAAUUGUGAAAAAUGAAGGUAUGCCGAACGGCUGUGAUGUUCAGGCGGCUUGUCAAUAAGAAGAUGGAUGACCGACGCCCCUGGCGCCGG